AAACCCGAUCGAAAAAGCGUUUGUUUUGUUGAAGUUACGGGACUUUUACUCAAAGCACUGCUACACCCAGAAUUUAAUCAUUAUGACGCACUCGAUAGAAACUUCCAUAGUUCUACAGCCAAUAAUCAUCAUACAGAAUAUCAGUCGUACACAUCAAUUCCAUUUUAGAUGAGCAUUAAUUUGGUAUAUAAUAAAUUUUUAUAUCCUUUGUAGUUUCAGCUUUACCCCCCUGGAAAAAUAUUAUUUCCACCCGUAUAUUUGAAAUUUAUUUUAAGGCAACGUGUUUAUCUACAAAAAUUAUUUCAUCAAGUACCCUAUGUCUAUGUCAAACACCACUAUUUUCUUGAAAUCUUACUAAAUUUUUUCAAACCAGCCAAACGAAAGAGCACCUUCAGAACCCUUAAGAACCGAAAGGACUUAGUUUUGGUUCAGCCGUUAUCAAGAUAGGUUUCUCAUGGAACAUGCUUAUUGAUCAAAUUAAUAAUAUACUAGAUCAUAUCUUAAAUAAGCAUUUGUUUUCCGUGAAUUAUUUUUACUUUUCAUUUAAGCCCCCUUCUCGGUACCGAAGCAUCGUUGAGACAUUGGGAGGGUCUCAAAAUGACGAAAAGCCAUGUGGCUAGAGGCUAAUACAACCCGGAAUUUUGAUAUUUUACUAUUCAAAAUAAUGAUAGACGCCAAAAGUCAAAAAUUCAAAAAAGUCUCAUUAACUUGCACAAAAAUGUUUUCCUAACCACAAAUAAAGACUGAAUAUCAGAAAUCUAGCUCUAUUAGCCUCUAACCAGUUUCCAUUAUAUCAUUCUGAAACUUAUAAACAGGAAGAAUAGAAUAACCAAAAUACUGUACAUCACAAAGUUUUCCGGUUAUUAUAAUAUUUUACGAGUGAGCUAGAAACCCUGAUUUUCAAAAAACUCUGUUUUCAUCAAGUUUAUGAACUCUUCUCUUAAAACAAACAUUAACAGCUGCAGCGAGGUCGAUCACACGUGUACUAUGCAUUUUCAAGAUUACUAGAAGUCAUCCAAUGCCAGUUCUAAAGUUCCAAUAAAAAAGAUUCAAUAUCACGCCUGCUCGCUUCACUCUCAUUUUGAAGAACACACUUUGGACUCUCUACCCAUGAGAAAACAAAAGUAUUCGUACCUGAAGUUUUUGAGCUAUCAUAUUUCUCAAAGAUUCUUUAGAAGACUACUUUAAAAAAUGUUUUCGAAUUAAUGACUCUCACAAAAAGAGGUCACAACGUUUCUUCUUUUGAAUAGCGAAGACCCAAACUCUCCAGCACUGUUCAUUGUCCAGAUAUUCGAAAACGACUAAGAGUCUUCGUUUACUUUUCUACAAUAAUCUCUCAUAUAAACACAGACUGUAGAUUCUAGCAUUAAUAAUGCUAUAGAUAAUGUUCGAGAUAACAGGUCACAUUGAGACAUGAAAACAUCAUAAGACAUUUUCGAUUGUGUUAGAAGACAUAUAUGACUUUACGAAUAAAUUGCACUAAUACAGUAAAUCAUGCAAAGGGUUAGUUUAAUUCCUUUGCAUAUCAGCCAUCUAUUUUUCUAAAUGCAAUUUCAUUUUUGUCUUUGCCGUGCCACAACGUGUUGAGUUUUUACCACUACAAUGACCGUAACCAUUCGAAGAGUAAAUAGAAAGCAAAAAAAGAAUAUUAUUCAUACUAUUUACGUCAAGAGAUGACUUUUAUCUAUAAGUUCUCUAAUAUUAACUAACUCGUUUAACUUAUUCUUUUUCUACACUGAAAAGGAGAAGAAUGCCGUUUUAUCAAGUAUUUUAUGAGUCAGGAUUAUUAGAUCAAAACAAAAAACAAGAACUUGCGACUGGUUAGUUUUUUAGAAAAAAAUGGUACACUCUCUCUCUUUGUUCGCAGUUGCUAUUUGACUUUAUCGACGCACAAAAAAGAUGCAUUUUGUUAUAAAAACUCUUUGGUUAUAGCAUUAUCUUGCUGUUUUUGUCUUAUAUAUUAGGUAUCACGGAUAUUCACUGUUCAAAUACUGGUGCACCACGUUUUUUUGUCAAUGUGGUAUUAAUACCAUUUGAAAAAGGCAACGGUUAUGUUGGUGGUGAUCCUAAUAAUACGCCAUGUUUGGUUCAAGGUUUAAUUCGUUCAGGUCGCACUCAAGAAGUUAAAACAAAAAUGUUACAUGAAUUAAGUGCAUUGGUAGCUAAAAUUACGGAGUUAGAUGAGAAAUGUGUAACAGUUGGUUUCCUAGAAGGAUCAGCCAAAAAUGCAUUAGAAAACGGCAUGGAAGUACCGGAGGCAGGAGAAGAAAUACAAUGGAUGGAAAAAUAUGGAAUUAAAGUUGAUAAACAAUAG